AUGCCACCCGCACGACAUGGCGCGAAGCAGAACCGGUCCAUCUUGAGCUUCUUCACCAAGUUUAACACUCCGUCCGACACGGCCGAAGAGAUCGUAGUGGCCUCAUCCUCACAAAGUGGUCGGAGCUCGCGGCAGCCAUCCGAAAGACGCAUAUCGCCUGCACACCCGUCACAGACGGACCAUUCCAAUGUUGAAUCACCACCGAGGCCAGAUCGACCUAAGAAGUCACCGCACAAGUCGCGGUCUGCGACACAGAGCUCAGCCAGCGAAAGCAGCACUGCUGCGAGGGAACGAGGACGACCGCGGAAGUCAGAGUCUCAGCAGGCGCGAGAUGAACAGCUGAAGGAUAGCAGCACGAGUCCUCCGGCGCGGCAGUCACCGAGGAAGUCGCCUCAGCAGGAUGUCAUUCAUCCGCUGCACGGUGCGGUAGACGUGACGCUUACACACCAUUCACCUCAUCGAUCGGCAUCCGACAUGCCCUCGAAGCGACGCGAUGCGGUAGCUGUUGAGGUCCCGUCAGCCAAGCCGAAGUCACCAGUGUCUUCUGGCAGCAUGUGUGCGCCACCGAUACCGACUCCAGCAUCGAUGGCCAAGUCUUCAGCGUCAGCCACCAACGCAACCUCAUUCUCAUCCUUCUCAACCCUCUCGAGCGUUCCGACCGGAUCACAGGCGUCGACGAUGCCCGUCAGCUCGCACAGUAAACGGGUGCUAUCUACCAAGGAUGGCUUGAAAGGUGUCACAAAUUCUGAUUCAGACGACAGCGGAAGCAGCAGCGAAGGACUGGCAGACAUUUCUAGCUUCUCUGUGAAAAGGAGGAAACUUUCUCCAACCACGGACGAUAAGUCGACACCGACUUUCGCAGUGCCCAAGCCAGUCAAGAAAAGCACAAGGCUGUCAGACCAGGAUAAGAAGCAAAAGACGCCGAACACAUUACCUCGAUCACCGCCGAAGAAGGUGUUCAAAAACAGCUUGGCGAACUUGGUAGCGCAGAACGAGAGAUAUCAGCUGGAAUCUGCUACGAUUGCGAGUCUCGAGAGCUCAGUCGUCGAGGCCAAGAAACGGGAGGAACGACUUGCGAACGCGCAGGCGGCUGGCAUCAACGGGAGCGCGUUGGUCGAGGCGGCAGGAAGUGACAGUGACGAGCAACAGAGGAUGAUCAUGGCUCUCGAGCGAACGGAAGCGCUGCACGAUGAAAUCAAGUACCGCUUCUUUCUGGAUGACAAGCCACUUUGGGAUCGCGGUGGCUCGUCACCUGAGCUUGACGAGCACUCGCAUGCUCCCUGGGAGAAGCUGUUCCAAACCGCAGCCUCGCGCACCCAAGCGUGCAUAAGUGGCUUUGCUGCUGAACUGGUUCUACAUUACCCACUGCCUGCCAGUGUUGUGCGCUGGAUGACACAGGAACUGCUUCACGAGGCGGAUGAGACUCUAUGUGAAGCUUACCUCGAGAUCAUUCGAGCUUCGAGCGUUCAUCAAGAAUCUGUUUGGAGAACGUCUGCUUCAAUAAACUCGCUAUACAAGACACGCUCGAUCUUCGAGUUCAACUACAAGGAGGCAGUCGCAAGUGCAAAAUUGCCGCCGGGUCUGCGACAUAUUGUGCGGGUUGCAGCGUUCUUGGCACCAGCAUGCGACAGUGUUGUGACAGCUGCUCCACCGCAAGACACGUCUGUAGCUCUGCUCGACCUCGCGCUUAUGAACAUUGACGACCAAGUCAAGGAUGACCCAAGCCUGUCGUUGACCAUUCUAGAAAGUAUCGAGGACAUGAUGGAUGCAUUGCCCGCAGAUGGCUUCGACAAGCUGAUCGAGGAAGUUGUCAGUGCACUCAAAUCUUCUAGCGAGCUUUCGCUUGAGCUCCGCUGUCGAGCGAUUGUGGCUCUACCAGCUGCCACUCCACGAGCAUAUAGGCUGCGGAGGCGGCUGGCCUCAGAGUGCUUCUCGAAGACGACGAGCAAGAAGGAUCCUGCUGGACAAGAAUGGGCGAGAACUAUCAUUGAUGCCCUCAGACAUUGGCCAGAAUUUCAGAUCAACGAAGAGACAGACUUCGGGUUGCUGCUUGGAUUGACCGCCGUCCUUGACAUUGCGAUAUCGAGCGGCUGGACAGAUCACAAAGACCUCAUUCCAGGGCCAUCAACGGGGCCAUGGAAUGGGCCCGCUGAGCCCACGCAGACCGAACGGCGCCACAACGAACAGAUGGACGCCAUUUGCCGUGAGCUGAAGCACAUUGUCAGCCGAGUUCGCGAUGCCGGAACCACCCAUUUACGCCGGACGCAGGCAAAGACUGCCAUUGAGCAUUUGAUUUCAAGGCUCGAGCAUAGUGUACGUGCUAGACCAAAGCAUAGGAAGGGUGUAUUUGGAAGCAAGAAGCAGGUGUCUUUUGGCUAA